UACAACACAGACUCACCAGAUUUUUUUUUGGAAGCCGGCCCUUACGCUUCAGAAUCCUCUUCUUCUCCUCAGGUGUUUUUCCAUGUACGGAUGGUUCUAGGGUUUUGAAACAUGGGUUUAGUGUUUUGAUACCUAAUUCAAUUUGGGUUCUGUAAAUUCUGUGUUGCUUUGGGUCACUAAACUAGGUUCCUAGAGGUAAGUGGUUAAUUUGUUAGUGGAAUUUGAUUAAUUAGGAUUAAACUUAUUCAUCUUCGUCUUCGAUUUCAUCACCAUCAUCACCCAUGCCUUAAUCCCGUAUCAAUUGGUCGGCCACAAGAAUUCUCCGUUUUCAAUCUUUUCUACAUGUCAUUUCACUUAUUAUAUUUAACUUUUUUAAGUCGUUUUUAAUAAUCUCACUCCAUGUUAUUUGUGGUCUCCCUCUCCGUCUCUUACGUUCUAUGACCGCUAGUCUUCCUCUUUUGAUCGAUAGGUCUCUGUUGUAUGUGUCCAACCAUCUAAGUCUACUCUCUCAAUUUUUCUCACUCCACUCCCAAUUUUCCUCUUAUACAAUUAGGAUUGAACUUAUUGAGGGUGAUUUUUUAUUUGGCCGAUUUGAUAUACAAUUAGGACUAAACUUAUUCAGGGUGAUUAUGGAUCCACAUUUUAGUGAUUGGGCUGAUUGGAUAAACGAUCACAAAUUUGAUGGGGAGACUGUUUUACCCGGUUUUGAUCAGUCUCAAAAUCUUGCUGAUAGAUUUAAACUCAAAGAUGACUCUCUGGAUUUUGGUUUCAUGGAUAUUCCUUUCCUUCCUUCCGCUCAAGACCCUGGUAAUUUUGCUCCUUCAAGCUUGAGCUCGGAAGUGGAGUCUCCUGGAGACCAUGACCUUUCUGAUACAAUUCUCAAGAACAUUAAUCAGAUACUCAUGGAGGAGAACAUGGAUGAGAAGCCCAGCGUGUUUCAUGAUCCUUUGGCUCUGCGAGCUGCUGAGAAAUCAUUGUAUGAAAUUAUAGGUGAGAAGUAUCCUUCUUCUCCUGACCAACCCUCUUUUAACUUCAAUCAAGACGUUGAAAGCCCAGAUGAUCAUUUCUUUGGAAGGUUCAGCGAGCAUAGUUCUACCAGCGGUGCUAGUGCUGGCAACUCCAUUGACACUCAAUGGAUUGUUGAUCGAGACUAUAUGUCGUCAGUUACACAAAGGCAUCUAUCAGAGAACAAUUUCCAAUCGAAUUUGCAGCCCAGUUCACAGUGGUCAUCUGGUUCUAUAAACAGCAUCAUUAAUAAUUAUAAUGCUCCAGUGGACUCUUCUGUCGGUACCCAACUGGUUUCAAAUGAGUUUAGUGAUAGUGAAUCCGUCUUACAGUUCAAGAGAGGGGUGGAAGAAGCUAGUAAAUUCCUUCCUAGUGCUAAUCAAUUAAUUAUUAAUUUGGAGAACUAUUCAUUGCCUCCAAAAUCAAUACAAGAGGCUCGGGAGGUUGUAGUCAAGGUAGAGAAGGACGAGAAAGAGUACUCACCUAAUGGUUCAAGGGCAAGGAAGAACCACCACCGAGAAGAUGGUGAAAUAGAAGAAGAGAGGAGUAGCAAGCAGUUGGCAGUUUAUGUUGAAGAGGUUGAGUUAUCAGAGAGGUUUGAUAGAGUUUUGCUUUUCACUAAUGGAAAAGGGGAGCUUGCAUACUGUACUAUUCCUUUUGAAGAAAUGAUGAAUGGAAAGAGCAAGGCAUUGCAGCAGAACAGAAAACUACACAAAUCUAAGAAACAGGCCAGUAAAAAUGGAGGGGUGGAUUUGAAGACUCUUUUGAUCAAUUGUGCACAAUCUGUUGCUGCUGAUGAUCGCAGAACUGCAUAUGAACAACUAAAGCAGAUAAGGCGGCAUGCUUCUUCUUCUUCUGGUGAUGGGAUACAGAGGCUGGCCCACAUCUUUGCAAACGGUCUUGAGGCACGCUUGGCUGGCACUGGAUUCCAGAUUUAUGCAACCCUAGGAUCCAAGAGAGUCAUAGCUGCCGAGAAGCUGAAAGCUUACCAGCUUUAUCUUUCAGCCUGCCCAUUCAAGAAGAUGUCUAUUUUCUAUGCAGAUAAAACGAUCUUGAAUCUAGCUUCAGUAUCUACAAGAAGAACACUACACGUUGUUGAUUUUGGUAUCCUAUAUGGUUUCCAGUGGCCAGUCCUAAUCCAACAUCUCCCAACCGUACCUGGUGGGGCUCCCAAGCUUCGAAUUACUGGGAUAGAGUUUCCCCAACCUGGUUUCCGGCCAUCAGAAUUAAUUGAGAAGACAGGCCGUCACUUGGCAAAGUAUUGUGAGCGCUUUAAUGUUCCUUUUGAGUACAAUGCCAUAGCACAAAAAUGGGAAACUAUUAAAAUUGAGGACCUCAAGAUUGACAGCAAUGAGUUGCUUGCUGUCAACUGUUUGUUUCGGUUUGAGAACCUGCUCGAUGAUACUGUUGUGGUGGACAGUCCAAGGGAUGCUGUUUUGAAGUUAAUCAGGAAGAUGAAUCCUGACAUUUUCGUCCAUUCUGUUUUUAAUGGAUCCUACAAUGCCCCCUUCUUUCUUACACGGUUCCGAUUGGCACUCUCCCACUACUCUGCAUGGUUUGAUGUGUUUGAUACUACCAUAAACUGUGAAGACCAAGAGUGGUUGAAUUUUGAGAAAGAGUUCUAUGGACGCGAGGUAAUGAAUGUCAUUGCAUGUGAGGGCUUGCAGAGGGUUGAGAGGCCCGAGUCAUACAAACAGUGGCAGGUUCGCAACAUGAGGGCUGGUUUCAGGCCCCUCCCGUUAAACAAGACAAUUGUGAAUAAUUUGAGGGGUAAGAUGAAGGCAGGAGGAUAUCACAAAGAGUUUGUGAUCGAUGAAGACAGUCACUGGAUGUUGCAGGGAUGGAAGGGUCGGAUUCUCUGUGCUAGCUCAUGUUGGGUACCUCAGUAGAAGUUCUUAGAGGUAUUUUUGUUAGAACUGAAGAUGAGCUGCAGCUUAUUUGAUGACGCUGGAAAAGAUACUUCUUUGUUAAAGUAUGAGUUACUAUCUUUCUCCCUCUCUCUGUCUCUCGCACACACAAACACACGUAUAGAUAUUUGUAGAUAUGUGCAUCUUUGUUUUAGUAUGUAUACUGUAUCAGCUUUUUGCUUAACAGCAUGUUUUUUUUUUUUUUUAACAGCAUGUUUUUCUAAUAAAUCACGCGCUUCCUAUU